AUGUUAGCGGCCACAAAGGGCCUCGCGAUCAAGGUUGAUUUCCGUAUUCCGACCGGAGCUAAAGAGUUUGCCGGGAGCACUCUCUCAACGUGCACUGGGCAAAAGUGCUCGUCGGUGUUUGCAGUUUUCUUCCUCCACGCUACCCGACAAAGGGACCGCGGCUCGUCGAGUCACUGCCUGGUGUCUCCGCGCUACGGCCGACAAUUCACUAUGAAAUCGAACUGCGGGAGUUCUUUUUGGAUACGGGGCAUCGUUCUCUCCUUCAUCCUGUGGUCCGGAGCAGUGGGCGAUGGGACGGCCGCCGACGUGCCGGCGGGGGAUGUGGGCUUCAACAAGACUUGGACGACGGAGGCCCCCGAGCCGAACGCCCUGGCCAUAUUGCGGGAGAUGCUCCAGACCCUGAUUGAUCAGGCCUACGAUUCGUCAGCCGAGAGGUUCCUCGGUGUCAAGUUGUCGCCGCAGUGCAGUCUCAAGCUGCUCAAGUUUGUGCACGCGCUGCGGAACUUCGAGCCCUGGACAAUAAGACUGCUCGACGCAACGGGCAAGUACCCCACGGGGCUGUUCCAAGGAACGCUGUCGGACAUCGGGGCCUUCGAUCAGUGCAUCGAGACCGUGAUAUACGACGACUAUGGCAACGAGAAAGUCAGGGCGCAGUACUGCAAUCUGUACAUAAAGUUCGGCAAAGAUCUCUCCAUUUUAGAACAUGUGGACGACAUGCUUCGCUUGUCUCACAGAUGGACACCCGUGUUUGCAAGAUAUCAACAAGGCAAGAGAGUCCACGGUGUCAGAAUUGGUCUCUGCGUUGAGCACGAGUGUAACGAGCAGGACCUGGAAAACUUUUUCAAACUCAUCCUGAUCAGUGACAUGGAGGUAAAGGUACAAGACUGCGUGACAAACCAGGUUCCGCCUAUUGACGACACGGAAGCCGGAGUUAUUACAUUCCUCUGCGUGCUCGCUUUUGUCUUGGUUUUAAGCACAGCGAUUGAUCUCAUCCACAAACAUCGCUAUGGGAAAGAUGCGUUUCGAGGAAGACUGGUCCAGUACUUAACGGCCUUCUCCAUUCCUGCGAGCACAAAAACUAUGCUGGCUGUAAACAGGGACAAGCAGUCGGACGCUUACAAGCUUCGCUUCCUCCAUGGAAUCCGGUUCUUCAGCCUUGUCUGGAUCGUCCUGGGCCACUCGUAUAGCACCUCCAACUUUUCCAACGUCUCCCGUCUGGUCAAUGCACUUCACUAUGGCGACGACAUCGCUGGCUGCUUUAUAACGGCUGGCUACCUGAGUGUGGACACUUUCCUCUUUCUGGCCGGCUUUCUUCUGACGUACAACUUGGUGAGAGAACGCGUCAACGGAUUUGUUGGAGGAUGCAUUGUUGUCGUCCGGCGGUGGAUUAGGGGCACAGUGCCAACCUUCUUCGUUAUUAUGUGCACGUUCCUGUUGCCCCUCUUCAUCAAUGGACCCAACGCAAAAGAGAUUUUUGGCAAUUUUUAUACGGAGUUUAGAAACCAGUACUGGGCGCUUCUGCUUCAGAUUCGGAACUUCACGAAGGACCUCCACAUCGGGAUGUACUUCCACCUUUGGUACAUGUCCACCGAUUUUCAGCUCUUCGUGGUGACGGUGUUCAUCAUUCAGCUUUUCAAGGAGAGACUGUGGAGUGCCGUCAUCAUGUUCAGUGUGCUGUCAUUGAUCGCCUGCACCAUAUCCAUGUGGGAGGUACAUAACACUGUGUACACCCCAUUCCCCCUUCCUAUGGCAGAUAAUUUCACGCUCGCCGUCGGCACCUUGAAUGAGGUGUACCCUCACCCGUCCUACCACGGAGCCGCAUUCUUCCUUGGCGCCAUUACACAACUGCUGCUUAUCAAGUACAGCUCUGUGAAAAUCAGCAAGCUGUUCCAAACAGGCAUGUGGCUCAUCACUGCGAUAUGCGGACUGACAGCUACCCUGAGCAUGUACGAGUGGAACAGGGGUGCGCAUCCACCGGAAUGGGCCAAGCUGUCGUUCGCAUUCUCCGAACGCCUUCUUUGGGCUAUCUGGCUCUCGUGGCUCACCUUUGCAUGCGCCACCGGAAGGGCAAGCUUCAUCUCCCAGUUCCUCUCUUGGGGAGCGUUCGCUCCCCUCAGCCGGCUCUCAUUCGGCGUUUAUUUACUUCAUGUCCCAUACUACUUGGUUCGCCUCUGCACAGCGAGAUAAAGGCUCUUUUUGUCACAUUUCACUAUGGUGACGCAGUGCUUCGGGGCUCUUGUUACCAGCUACCUCCUGAGCUUCGUGCUGUUCGUCGUCUGCGAGGCACCAACGGGGCGCCUCGAAAAACUAAUCCUGAUGCCUAGCAAGCGGCCCGAGAAGCCGAGUGGGACCAACGACGACAAACCUCUCGUGGAAGACGCAUUUAAGAACUUCAGUGCGCCGGAUGGGCUCGUUAAAAAAACGGGAAUGCAGGACGGGAACAGGAACGGUGCUAUCACUGCUGGGCAGUCAAGCCACCUUUGA